UAUUAGUAUAAAUAGUACUAGCACUAUAUUAUUUUAGCUUUUGUGGAAGACUGGUGUAUGUGUGUGUAUGUGCGUGAUUAAUAAAUAGUCGAUUAGAUCAGUGUUAGUUAUAUUAUCUUUGGUUAUCAUUGUCAAUGAUUGGUACAUCAGUACAUCUCUAGUGCGCGUAAUGUAAUAUGGACGUACAGACGCAACGCAAAGCAAACUUUGUCUUGAUUGUGUAUUAAUUAUUGGAACUAGUGACUGUAUUGUCAAAAUGGAAGCAGUAGAAGAACCUCCACUUCAUAAUACAACCGUAGAUAAUAUGAAGGUAACUGUUGUGUUUGAUGAAAACAACGAAACGCUGUGGCUUCGGUAGCUACUGAUGUAUGUCACAAAUCAAACGGCGUCGCAGAAUCCGAAUCUGCUGAAGUUGCUGCAGUAGAAAGUAACUCAGUGCCAAGCGAAGAUAGUAAAUGUGAGCCUGAAAGUGCUGAAACAUCUACAGACGUGAAUGAUAAAACGCAGGAUAUUAUUGAAGAAGUAGCAGAAACUGCUGUGCCCAAAAUGAUUGAGUCGACUGACACAAAUGUAGAGCAUAGCCAGCCAACCACAGAUGACCCCACUUCCACUACAGAAGAACCUGCAGUUGUCAAGGAAGUUAUAACAGUUACUUCUGAAGAAGAAACAUUAGUUGAAGUUGAUAAUACUGCUCAAGUAUGCUCGGAGAGAGUCACUUUUCAGACUGAGAUAUUAAUUGAAACAAAUGAUAAUGAUAUGACUGAAACAAUUACUGAAGAAUUGGUUGUUGAUGAUCAGCACUCCAACAAUUUACUCAGUGAACUUGGUCAAAGCAUUGAGCUUAGUGAAGCUUUACGCUCAUCAGAUGUAAGUGAUAGUGUAGAAAAUAAUAAUAGUUCUGUUAGACAGGAAGUGUUCAACAAAGAGGAGUUAUUGGACAUCUUGGAAGGAAACGAUGAAGAACAAAGUGAGUCAACUAAUUUAAAAAAUGUGUCGUCCGAUAAAAUACUUGAAGCUACUAUAGCUUUGCAACAACUUAAUCGAUUAAAAAGUGCUAAUAAAAAACGUGGCACCAAUGAAAGAUUGCCAAGAAAUCGAAGAAAUGAUAAAAUUGAGAAAAUAUCUCAGCAGAAACACAAAGUGGGUAAUACUGAGGAAAACAUAGUCAAUGUUCUUGUGAAAGAGUGGGAUGAUGAGGAAAUGGAGGGAGAAAAGACAAACAAAUUGUUACAAGAGAGUGAAGAUUGCUGAAGACUACUGAAGAUGUGGUCAAAACCCAAGAAGUAGUCACUAAAGAAGAAGAACAAGCAUCAGCUCGGUCAUCCAUCGACUCAUCUAGUGAUGGAAAAUUACAAGUCUUAAACAAAAGUAGUGAUGAGGGAGCACCGCAACGCCGACUCGGUAGAGUUAUAAAGAAAAAAGUUAUAUUUGAUCCUGAUAACCCAGAUACUUUUACCAAAUCUAAAGCUGCUGCUAAAAGCAAAGAACCAAGUAUGGAGAAAGAUGUGACUCCAUCAAAAAAAAUUAAGACUGAACCAACUUUUCAGAGGACCAAAUCUAAGUCACCUAUUGCAAAAUUACAAUGGAAAAAACCUUCUCCUAAGAACUGCAAACAAAAUAAGCGACUGACUGAAGUUGAUAAGUUGUUGAUGGAUGAAGGAGCUGUUAAUAUGAUUUAUCAGCUCACUCCUGAAGCACAAAAAGGGAAAAAGAACAUGAAAACCAAAGCAGAAUUCAUUAAAAAAUUACAAAGUUCAACACCUGUCUCAAAAGAAAUGAAAUUUAGAGAAAGGAAAAAGGAGUCAAAAUAUGAAGAAGGAGAAGCUAAGAAAAUUCUAGGUGGUAAGCAGAGAUCAUCUUUAAAUAGUUCAGUAAAGUCACCCUCGGUCUGUGAAGACUUUGAGGCACAUAGUGCAGAUGAUUCUAUUAUUUAUAGACGACACUCUUCAAGUUCUUACUCUAGUUCAUGUAUGAGUCCACGACGGUUGAGUGAUGUAGAGUCUGGCUCUCGUAACCCCCCACAAACUGUGCAGACUGAGGUUCAGAAUCAGUCCUCUGCUGAGAGCACCAAUAAUCAUCCUUUAGCUGAUGUAUUCAUGUCAGAUAACACAGAUGCAAUCAGACCAGAUGCAAUAAACAAAGAUGAUUGCUUGUCUAUAAAAGAAAAACUGAAUUCUAAAUUGAAUCUUGCUUAAAUAAAAGAAAGCGUGAGAUUAUAAAAGGUGAAAAACCAUCAAAAAUUAAAAAGCUAAUGAAAUCUGAUGAAAAGUCUCAUGUAAAUAGUGAAGAUUUUAAAUACUUGUCCAUUAACUUUGAUCAAAGAUUAGCUGAGAUUUGUGUUCAGAAAGCAGGGUCCAGAUGUAAUAUUGAGAUGUUAAAAGAGUUAGAAAAAGCACUAAAAGUUGUUGAAGCAAAAAAAGACAUAUCAGUGACACUGUUGUCAUCUGAGUGUGCAACUGCAUACUCCGAUUUAGAUUUAAGACCAUUGUUGGAUGAGAAUACCGAGAAGUCUGCUAACUUUGCUUACGAGAUGGCUGAAUCUGUAAGAUGUUCAGGUGUUGGCCUGGCGUUGAUUGGCCUGUGCGAUGUGGCGUUAGCCUCUGAACGAGCAAGCUUCGCCAUCAGCCCUAAGUCACAUGGGGGUGUUGCGCCGAUAGAACCAGGCGCUGCGGCAUUUACUACAUACAGACUUUUACCUCAACCAUUGUUGAACGAUUUGAUCGUUUUCGGUCGUCGGUUGUCAGCGUCGGAAGCAUUGCGAGGUGGAUUGGUAAGCCGUACACUAUGGCCUGACAACUUCAGUGAACAAGUCCACACGAUCGUUAAAGACAUCGCUUUACAACCCGCCCGAAACAUCUGGCUCAAGAAACGGAUACUAAACAUGAAGAAGAGUGGGUCUGAGUCUACAUUCCUGGGGUAUUUGGAGAAGGAGCGAGAUUUGCUAGUGGAGUAUUGGACAUCGACAGAAGACAGGACAUCUUGCGUGCAACAUACAACGCCUAAUUUUUAUUACAAAGAAAUGAAUAUAUUUACAUUUUGCAAAUAGUAAAAGGAAAUAGUUGCAGGUCAAUGUUUUGGAUGACCACACAGUUCGUUGAAAUGAAUAACACUUUAAUAACAAAAAGUAUGUUAUUGAAAUCUGAUAUUUGUUUAAAGGUUAUUUGCAUAUCCAGGUAUUCAUUUAAGGUUUAAUAAUAAUAAUGUAUAAUUGCUAUACAUUUAUAUAAAUGACAAAUUGUCUGACUGACAUCAAAAUUACUAUAAAAUUAUUAAUUAGUGUCUGCCCUACAAAUGUAUUUGUAUAGGGAUUAGGUAUUGUGCAAAGACUGCUAUUAGUGCGAUGGUAAGCAACCAAGAGUGAGUGCAGGAAGAAUUUGUAAAAUGGUUUGAUUUACGAGCAGAUUUAGAUCCUUGGUGUUGAAUAGAUUAUAGUUAUAGAAUAUUAUGUUAUGUUAUAGAUGAAAUUGUUUAUGUCCUUGUUUUAGAUUUUAUGAGUUUAUGACUAAAGGUUUAGCAUAAUUUUCUUUUUCAGCCAAAGUUUGCAUUUACCGCUUUAUUUAAAAACAUCUUGUACACAAUAUACACGAGGCGAUAGUUCACGUAAAGCUUAAAAAAUGUUAAUAAGUAAAGCAGUAAAGAAUAUUUCAUAAUAAAAAUAUCUGACGUCUGACCACAGUUAUGUUUUAUAGAUUACAUAAGUAUUUUUCAUUCCAUUUCUAAAUGGAACAUAACUGGAAAAACUAUUAUAUCUUUCAUCCAUGUUUUAAGAUAAUACUGUUAAAUUAUUUUAUGUUUAUAUUUAUAAGGUUACCUACCUAGUGGUAAAUUUAUUUCGUUUGGUUAAAAAAAGUGCCUUUUAUAUAAUAUCGAAAUCGAUUAUAUAUUUUGAGUAUAAACAAAUGUACUAUAAUUAUAUACAAUAAUAAUAGAGUGCUGACCCUUGGAAUGAUUUUUCACUAACCUUAAUUGGUGCACAGACAUCACAUGGUAUUGAAAGUUAUGGCCGCCAGCAGUUAGUUGUUUUUGAAGAAUGGACCGCAAUUAUAUCGCCUGUUCGCUGUGUUUCACUGUCAAUAAUUUACUGGGGCAAGGCGAACAGGUGGAGUGCAUAAGAUGCACUAGCAAUGUUGCACUUUCACCACAUAGUACAAAUAAUUGUGUGGUAUGCGAAUGUCGCGAAUAGUCUAAAAUUGUUAUUUGAACAUGUUUAGAUUUGUUAGUUGAUAAAGGUUACUAUGGGUUGAAUUGUUGAAUGUGUAAAUACGUUGUGGUGAAAAGGGUUUGAGAAAAUGUUUAAAUAUUAUUAUCUCAUUAAUUCGGUUAGUGGUUAAAGUUGGAUUAAAUGAAGUGUGUACAUAUUGGAUUUAAUGUUGACGGAUUGAAAGCUUUUAUUGAUGUGACACCUUAAUAUUUAAUGGUUCUUAUAGGAAAGUAUUCCACAAUGUGUUGUUUUCUAGUUGUUAAUACCGGCCACGUAGUUUGUGUUUACCCAACUUGUAACACUGUACAAUCGACAAUAUACUUUAUUCAUUAACAACUAUAUGUUCGUAGCGCUCAUAAGGUGAGCAUGAUGUCAUCACUUUCACAAAUAUUUUAAAAUAAUUAUGUGUGUGCGUGCAUUGUCGACACCUAUAAUUUUGUCAUACUAAGUACCUACUGUUAAGGUUCAUUUUCUAUUAAUGAUUUUAUUUUCAAAUUCUUGUUCAUGUAUGUAUUAUUAUGAAGCCUUAGAACUUAUCAAUUUUGUUGAGAUAUUAUUUUCUUCAUAUAUUUCUACUUUAUUGUCAUACCCGAAUUUUUCAUUUACUCAUAUAAAACAAUUUUUAUCCGAAAUAACUCGCAUGAUAAGUAUAAAGGAUUUUAUUUUAUUGUCAAUGACAAUGUUGUUUCAAAAUUCAUCCAAAUAGUUAAGGUCAUUUAAAUUAUGGGUUAAAUAGUUUUAAGUCACAGAAUUAUGUCACAUCCAAGUAUGUGAAUAGUGUAAAAUUAUAAUUAAGUACUCUAUCAAUGUCUUUUUAUUUCUCUUUAUAUAAAUUUGGCCUGGUAAAAAUUUGCUUACAUUUUAGGGUAUGUAUCAUGGAUGGAACAUGUCAUGGACACUACUACACUAGCACCACAAUCAUAAGGGAAUCGCUUAUUAGAUCCGUACGGUACAAUUCUUUGUGUUAUCUACAAAUUAUUAUUCUGGGUUUGGGUGUGAUAUGUAUAAGAAAUUGUUGUAUUUUUGUAAACUCUAGCCACCAAAUGUCAGGGCUACUAUCUAUAAAAACAACACUCAUUUAAGAUUAACUUUAUUACACAAAUUAUUAUU